AUGGAUGAUGGACAAAUACACAAAAGACCGCUGCCUGGGGGUCUGCUGGCACUGGACCCGAGAGCAUGCGAGUCGCCACCUAGUACGACCACCUGGCAGCCCCUCACAUCCAUCAUUCCACCAAAUGGUUUGGUGUCGGCAGGGUCCUAUCAGACUCAACAAACUGCACCUGCCGCUAGUAGAAUACUCCGCGAGCUACGAACAAUGGCAAUGAAUAAAAACGCAUUGCGGGCGUAUUUUGGGACAAAAGUUGGCUGUUUUGUGUACCAAGCAACGGUGCAUCAACUUUAUGCUGACCUGGAGAUGUCUAUUACCGUCACCUUGCAAAAUCUUGCAAACUUAGUUCGGCACACGGUUCGGUGCGCUCAAAAAUAUUUGAUGACGCCGUACUCGAACGGCUACGAAGUGAGGCCGUUCUCUUGUCGGAUGAAAAUACUACGACCGGAAAUGCGGCUCUAUGAGUUGCAGAGCAACCUCCACACGUAG